AUGUCCGUGAGAUUACCUUCGCAAUUCCGCAUAGCUCCCCAGGCUGCAAUCCGUGGCACCCAGUUGCUCGUCGACGAAGCUCAAUUACGGAUCAAUUGCAGAGAUGCGGUGUUCAAGGGCAGCUUUUCCGUGGCUAGCCACAGCGGCGGCGGCUUCUGUGAUCGCGAAGCCCCCCAGUCCCGGGGCAGAUGGGAAAUACACCAUAUCUGCGCCAGGAAUAAAAGCACAGUUCAUUCCGUACGGCGCCACGCUCACCAAUCUCUUCGUCAAGGACAAGGACGGGAACGAUGUCGACGUGGUACUCGGAUACGAAGACAUCAACUACUACCCUGAGGACCCGGGACACCCCGUAUAUAACAGCAUCCCCGGUCGCUACGUGAAUCGCAUCGGGAAAGGCAAGUACGAGAUCGACGGCAAGACGUACACGACGCAGCUGAAUGACGGGAGCAACACCCUGCACAGCGGCACGAACAAUUGGUCGUACCGCGUGUGGAGCGUGGCCGCCGCCACCGACAACUCCAUCACCUUCGAGAUCCGAGACGAGUCGAACUCGUCCCAGGGCAUGCUCGGCCUCGUCAACAGCAAGGUCACAUACAGCGUCCGCGAUAGCACGUGGGAUAUCAAGAUCGAGGCGGCAUCGCCCGAGCAGAAGACUCCGCUCAUGCUGACCCAGCAUACCUACUUCAACCUGGAUGCGUACAGGAACCCGGACCAGGUCAAGAUCUGGAACCACACGUUGUACAUGCCCUACUCGAAGCGGUAUCUGGUCGCGGACGACGCCGCGCUCCCGACCGGCAGGAUCGCGACGGCGGCGCCUGACAGCAUCAACGACUUCGCGAGCCGCGAGGGCCUGUUCCUGGGCCACGCCCAGAACGACCCGAGAUUUGCUGGGAAUUGCGGCGCGGGCGGCGCCUGCGAGGGGUACAACGGCUAUUGGCUCAUCGACGACGCGCCCAAGGAUGCCGUCGUCGUUUCCCUCGCCAGCGAGUUUUCCGGGAUUACCGCCGACCUGCGCACCGACCAGUCAGGCGUCGUGAUCUACUCCUGCAACUGGAUGGAUGGCUCGGCCAGCCUCAAGAAAACCCAAGGCACCGCUGCCAACAGCAAGGUAGUCAGGAGCUCCUGCGUCGCCAUCGAAGCCCAUGACUACGUCGACGGUAUCAACCACCCUGAGUGGGGACGUGUCGACAAGCAAAUUAUCGGCCCAGGACAGACGUACGCGUGGAAAAGCUCUUGGACUUUUAGGAAUCUCUGAAAAGGUCUCGUGGCGGGAUUUUCAGAGCCGGGACAUCGAGACCGGAAGGGAGGGG